UUUCCUCAAAUCGUUGAUCAUGAAUCAAAUUUUUUUCGAAGAUAAGGAGGAUUUCAUGAAACUUUUUUUCGGGUGUCCAAAAUUGGAAUAUUUGAGUAUACAUGGAAUCAAAGCUAAUGGUACAAUUGUAGAAGCAAAUGCCGGUGUUCCAGUGGGAGGCUACUUUAAACACUUAUCCAAGUUGACUCGGGCUCGUAUCUCUUUAAUUAGUGUUCCGUUAAUUGCAGUUUAUAAUGUCAAAUUUCUAAGUGUUUGGAUAGAACGAAGUCUUUCCGAUAAAGAAAUCAAUUCAUUUGACAAAAGCCUUCCCAUGUUUGAAAACAUAACCAGACUUCAACUAUCUUGGUCUCCAAGCAUUAGCGUUCAUGACUGGGAGGUGGUAUUGAAAAUGCUACAGAAUUGUCCCAAACUUCAAACUCUUACCAUUGUAAAGGCGAAUAAUUCAACAACCAUAGAUUGGGAAUAUCCAGAUCAUGUUCCAGAAUGUGUUUCGUCUCAUCUAACAAACUUUAAAGUUAUAGGCUCUGAAGCUUGCGAAGCUGAUUUUCGAUUCGCAACAUAUAUUUUGCGAAAUGCGAGACUUUUACAAGUUAUGUCCAUUCACCAUAGUCUUCACGCAAAUUUAUCCUCCUGUCCAAGGAUCUCUCCCACAUGUAAGCUGAUUCAGUAGUUCCUAGAUGUAUGUCUGGUGUUUUCGUUAGUUUCAAUACUUGCUUCUACUGAAUUUGAUGGUUUUAACAAUAUAGGCUUAUAUAAAUCAGUAGUCUGCCAAUA